CAGGAAAAUAAAGGUGAGUAACUAUCUCUAUCCUCCCUCAGGCCAAGCUGAGCUCUUACCCUUUGUUGCCCCUCUCGCCAUCAUGUCCCACUCCCACUCCCACUCUCAUGGCGAUGACUUGCACUCCCAUGACGACCCUUUCAACGGUCAUGGCCACUCACACGAGAUCCUCGACGGCCCGGGCUCCUAUGCCAACCGUGAGAUGCCCCUCAUCGAAGGCAGGGAUUGGAAAGACCGUGCUUUCACGAUCGGCAUUGGAGGGCCAGUUGGAUCGGGCAAGACGGCGCUGAUGCUUGCGUUGUGCUUGGCUCUGAGGGAUGAGUAUAACAUUGCCGCCGUCACAAACGACAUUUUCACCAGAGAAGACGCCGAGUUCCUCACACGCCACAAGGCUCUUGCCCCGAACCGAAUCCGCGCAAUCGAAACGGGCGGGUGCCCGCACGCCGCGGUGCGCGAGGACAUCAGCGCCAACCUGCUCGCUCUACAGACGCUGCAGAAGCAGUUCUCGACGGAUCUGCUACUUAUCGAGUCCGGCGGCGACAAUCUAGCAGCUAACUACUCGCGCGAGCUGGCCGACUUCAUUAUCUACGUCAUCGACGUUGCGGGGGGUGAUAAAGUGCCUCGCAAGGGAGGGCCGGGCAUCACGGGCUCCGACCUGCUGAUCGUCAACAAGAUCGAUCUGGCGGAGGCGGUGGGCGCUGACUUGGGCGUCAUGGAGCGCGACGCGGCCAAGAUGCGCGAGGGCGGGCCCACGGUCUUCGCCGAGGUCAAGAACGGCAAGGGCAUGCCUCAUAUCGUCAACCUGAUCAUCAGCGCGUGGAAGGCCAGCGGGGCCUACGAGGUGAGCCUGGAGAGAUGGAAGAAUGGCGCCCAGAGGGGGUCGGGGAGUGUAGAGUAAAAAGAUUUGAGGAAACUUGGGUGCCGUUUGGUAAAUGGAUAUCUGGCAUUCUGUAAUUCAUCUUUAAAUAUAGUACUUUUUUUUUCUCUCUCUCUCUCUUUAAUGUACAUGAUAACGCCGA